GAUGUUAAAAAUAACGACAGCCUGGUUGCCAAGCGCUUUUCCGUGCCUGUCUCCUGCCAGCUCUUUGGGAGGCGAGCAGCGUUGAGUCUCCCCAUUUUGCAUAUAGGGAAACUGAGGCCGAGAGGGAACGGGGACGGUUUUGUCAAGCUACGCAGCCUAACGCUCUUCCAGGGCUGUGUGGGUUAGAGAGGAUGGCCGUGAGGGCCGUUGGACCAUUGGUGCUAAUGGCUGCCUCAUCAUAUUACCUGGUGAAGAAGAGCCUAGGGAGAUGAAAGUUUGUUGAAAGUGAUGCAGAUGAAGAGCUUCUGUUUAAUAUUCCAUUUACGGGCAAUGUCAAGCUCAAAGGCAUCAUUAUAAUGGGAGAGGACGAUGACUCACACCCCUCUGAGAUGAGACUGUACAAGAAUAUUCCACAGAUGUCCUUUGAUGAUACAGAAAGGGAGCCAGAUCAGACCUUUAGUCUGAAUCGCGAUCUUACAGGAGAAUUAGAGUAUGCUACAAAAAUUUCUCGUUUUUCAAAUGUCUAUCAUCUCUCAAUUCAUAUUUCAAAAAACUUCGGAGCAGAUACGACAAAGGUCUUUUAUAUUGGCCUGAGAGGAGAGUGGACUGAGCUUCGCCGACACGAGGUGACCAUCUGCAAUUACGAAGCAUCUGCCAACCCAGCAGACCAUAGGGUCCAUCAGGUUACCCCACAGACACACUUUAUUUCCUAAGGGCUGGCCAAGGCUCCCAUAGAGGUGCUGUGUCAGUGAAGAUGUACGACUACCUGUUGGGAAGGACAAAGGGAUGAGGCUCCACAGAGAGUUGGCUGCCACAGCCUCUGCCAAGCUUUGUCUUUGGGGCUUGCUGCAGAAACCUGGCCUACGGAAGAUACGACACCACUGGGAGGGUUGUGUAGGUGCCAGGGGACCAUCGUUGUUCUCUAGGGCGCUGCGGAAAUUGGGUCUUGGGCUGGGUAGCAUCUGGCAGUCAUGGAUAACGUUUGCUUUUCCAGUCAAUGUGGCCAUGUGAUUCCAAGUGUCAUGUUGCUUUGUGGCAGGAUUGUUGUGUGACUUGUUUUUUGUUUUGUUUUGUUUUUUUUAAAGGAAACUUUGUGGGUUAUAGGAAACUUUCUGACGCCUCAGGAUUGUGUUAAUAGUAGCCAUCAGGAGGGUCUCCAAUUAAAACACUUGUUCCUGCUUGCUCCUUUCCCCUCUCAUUGUUCAGCAUUCUUGUCAAGUUGCCCAGCUUGGAGUUGUCUGUCACGCACAUGUGUCCUGUGGUUAUAGCUAGAAGGUCAGGAGUCUCCUGCUGAUGCGUGAUAGCUUAAGCUUGGGGAGAAGGUCUUUUCCACUGCCUAGCUAAGCAGUCUGGGGAGAGCAUGGGGAUCAUUUCUGUGUGUGUGGGUAAUCUGGUCGGUAAGAUUGAGACUUAGUUAAGAUUUCCCUUGGAACUUCCUUAAUGUUUAUUAGCUUCUAACUAGUGUUGUAAGUCCAAUGCCAGAAUUUGGAGAUCUGAGUUCUUCUUUUCAUGGCUUUUAUUCACUGUGACUAAUAAGCUUCCUAAUAAAUCCUUGCCAGACUUAA